AAGGUGUAUUAUAAUUAUUUAUUCAUUUCGAAAUAUGUGUUUAUUCUUUUUGGCAUGGAAAUUUUUAUAUCAUGUUUAAAUUAGAUUUACCACAUGUGUGUGACAUCACCACACAUACGCUUAUGUACGAGGGAGGUGAUUUAAAUAAAUGUGUUAGUGAAUUAUCAACAAUGUCAGAUACCAGACGAGAUCAGGCAUUUCGAAAUUUUUCUUAUCAUGAUGAAGAUGCCAUAACAAUUGAUGAGUCAUGUCCAAUUCAACUCAAGCCAACAACAGCAAUUAUUUUACUUGGAUAUGUUCCAAGUCAUGCUAAAAGUUUUGCAAUAAAUUUGAGAGCAGCUGGAAAUAUUGCAUUUCAUUUGAAUCCUCGACUUGAUCGUGGAUAUGUCGUUAGAAAUUCGAAAAUAAAAGGAUGUUGGGAAGAGGAAGAGACAUGUUCACCAGCAGCAUCAACUGGACAUGUAUUUAAACGACAAUCAUAUUUUCAUAUAUUAAUAUUUUGUGGUCCAAAAGAAUUUCAGAUUAGUGUCAAUGGAGAACAUUUUUGUACAUUUACUUAUCGAUUACCCCUGGAAUUAAUAACACAUUUUGAUUAUGAUGGUGAUGUGGAAGAUAUACGUGCUCGUAUAACAAAUUGUGAAGUAUAUCCAGAUUCAAAAAUCAUAAAAAAUUUUAAAAAUUAUCAAUUGACUGAUCAAGCACCACUUUUGAAUAAUUUAACUGUUCCAAUAAAUAUUGAACUUGUUGAAAAUUUUAAACAAGGUGGAACAAUUUUCAUCAGAGGCAGAUUAAAGCUUUUACCUCAUUCCUUUACUAUUAAUCUUCAACGAGGACCACUUAUAUAUCCUCAUCCAGAAAUAGCACUGCAUUUAAAUCCAAGAUUUUUAUUUGGUAAUCGUCCAUCAUGUGUUGUGAUGAAUUGCUGGACAAGUGGAUCCUGGUGUCGUGAAGAAAGACACGAAGGACAUUUAUCUUGGGGACCUGGACGUGAUUUUUUACUUACGAUUCGUUGUGAUUAUGAUACUUAUGUCAUUUGGCUUGAUAAUAAAAUGAUUGGAGAAUUUAGACAUCGACUAGAACCAUCAAUUGUCGACACUAUAAACAUCACUGGUGACAUUGUGCUUCACCAAGUUUCUCUGGCUUUUAAUGAUUAAAAAAAAAGUUAAAUUACUGCCAAACAAAAAAAUCGAAAUUUAUAUUCUAGUUUUUAUAUUUAAAAAAUUAAGAUUUACUUUUUUUUUUUUCUUGCAAUUGCACUUGUGUUCUUCUUUUUCUAAACUUGAUUAAUGAUUAAUUAUUUUCGUUGUUAUUGAAACAACAAAUUCAAUGGCCUUAAAAUGUGAAAAUCAAAACGAAAAAAAUAUAUUAUUAUUAACCAAAGUUGAUUGUUAAAUCAAAGCACUGUUAUGUUAAAAAAAAAUAUAUAGAAUAUUUCAAAAGUACUGAUUCAGUCAAUAAUAUAUAUAAAAAUAUUUUUUCAUAUUGAUACUCUUAAAAUACCAAUGAAAAUAUUUUUACAAAUAAUAUUGUUCAAUAUUUAUAAUAACUUAAUAAUAUUAAUUCAAAAAUAUUGAUAAUAAAAAUUAUAUUUUCAUUGUCAAAUAUAAUUUUUCAUAUUAACAAAAAAAUAAGUUGUAAAUUGAUUGUUAAAAUGGUUAAAUAAAAUAUACAUUGUUAAUAAUUAAA